AUGGAGAGGAGGAGAAAAUCAAAGACAGAGAAGAAAGGAAGAUCAAGGAUGGAGAGGAGGAGAAGAUCAAAUCAAAAUGGAGAGGAGGAGAAAAUCAAUAAUGAAGAGGAAGAAAAGGAUGGAGAGGAGGAAAAGGACAAGGAUGGAGGAAAGGGAAAGAUCAAGGAUGAAGAGAAAGAGAAGAUCAAGGAUUGCGAUGAUGUGAAGAUCAAGGAUAGGGGAAGAUCAACGAUGGUGAGGAGAGGAAGAUCAAGGUUGGAUAGGAAGGGAAGAUCAAGGAUGGAUAGGAGAGGAAGAUCAAGGAUGGAAAGGAAGAAAAGAUCAAGGAUGGAAAGGAAGAAAAGAUCAAGGAUGGAUAGGAGGAGAAGAUCAAGGAAGGAAAGGAAGAAAAGAUCAAGGAUGGAUAGGAGGAGAAGAUCAAGGAUGGAAAGGAAGAAAAGAUCAAGGAUGGAUAGGAGAAGAAGAUCAAGGAAGGAAAUGAAGAAAAAAUCAAGGAUUGAUAGGAGGAGAAGAUCAAGGAUGGAAAGGAAGAAAAGAUCAAGGAUUGAUAGGAGGAGAAGAUCAAGGAUGGAAAAGAAGAAAAGAUCAAGAAUACAGAGGAGGAGAAGAUCAAGGGUAGAGGAAAGAUUUCAAAAUGGAGAGGAUGAGAAGAUCAAGAAUGAAGAGGAGGUAAAGGAAGGACGGAUAGAAUGA